ACUGGCCUCCACUCAGUGUCCUCUAUCUCUCUCUGCCAAUCCCUCCACUGGCCUCCACUCAGUGUCCUCCAUCCCUCUCUGCCAAUCCCUCCACUGGCCUCCACUCGGUGUCCUCCAUCCCUCUCUGCCAAUCCCUCCACUGGCCUCCACUUAGUUGUCCUCCAUCCCUCUCUGCCAAUCCCUCCACUGGCCUCCACUGAGUGUCCUCCAUCCCUCUCUGCCAAUCCCUCCACUGGCCUCCACUCUGUCCUCCAUCCCUCUCUGCCAAUCCCUCCACUGGCCUCCACUCAGUGUCCUCCAUCCCUCUCUGCCAAUCCCUCCACUGGCCUCCACUCAGUGUCCUCCACCCCUCUCUGCCAAUCCCUCCACUGGCCUCCACUCAGUGUCCUCCAUCCCUCUCUGCCAAUCCCUCCACUGGCCUCCACUCAGUGUCCUCCACCCCUCUCUGCCAAUCCCUCCACUGGCCUCCACUCAGUGUCCUCCACCCCUCUCUGCCAAUCCCUCCACUGGCUUCCCAUUGCCCAACGGAUAAAAUUCAAAACAUUAACAAUAACAUAUAAAGCCAUUUACAACAUC